AUGUUGGACUGGAGGUUAUCAUGUCUUCUUCUGCACGCAGCUGUUUUGCUGCUGCUCAGCAAGGGGGAGAGGAUGUGCCCUGCCAGUUGUCGCUGCGAAGGAAAGAUUGUUUAUUGCGAGUCUGGCGUCUUCCAAGACGUUCCAGAAAACAUCACCACGGGAUGCCAAGGCCUGUCUCUGCGUUACAACAACCUGCUGGUUCUGUUGCCGUACCAGUUCGCUCAUCUCAAUCAACUCAUCUGGCUUUACUUGGACCACAACUCCAUCAGUGCCAUAGAUGCUUUAGCCUUCCACGGUGUACGCAGACUUAAGGAACUGAUCCUCAGCUCCAAUAAAAUAAGCCAUCUGCACAACAACACGUUCAGUGCCAUACCAAACCUGAGAAACUUGGACUUAUCCUACAAUCAGCUGCAGUCUCUGCAGCCGGGACAUUUCUACGGCCUGCGCAAGUUACAGAAUCUCCACCUUCGAUCCAACGGACUGAAGCAGAUCUUCGUCCGCACAUUUCUGGAAUGCCGCAACCUGGAGUUUCUAGAUUUGGGUUACAAUCGCUUGCGGAGCCUCACCCGCACAACAUUCUUAGGGCUGUUCAAGCUGAAAGAGCUUCAUUUAGAGCACAAUCAAUUUUCUAGGAUUAAUUUCUUUAUCUUCCCACGCCUUAGCAACCUACAGGCUCUUUAUUUGCAGUGGAACCGUAUAAGAUCCAUCAAUCAAGGCGUUCCAUGGACCUGGCAGAAACUUCAGAAAUUGGACCUUUCAGGGAAUGAGAUCCAGAUCUUGGAUCCCGCUGUUUUCCAGUGUAUGCCAAACUUACAAAUUCUGAACCUUGAAUCCAACAAACUGAGUAGCGUGCCUGUAGAGGCUGUGGCAGCGUGGACCUCCCUGACCGCCAUCAGCCUGGCAGGCAAUGCUUGGGACUGCAGCCCCAGCAUCUGCCCUCUCAUGGGAUGGCUCAGAACCAUCAGAGACUCCAAAGACAUCAGCAUGAUAUGCAGCAGUCCCAAGUCUGUGCAGGGCGAAAGAGUGGUGGACGUCGUGAGGAACCACUCGACAUGUGUGGACAUGUCAAAUGUCUUCUCAACCACAGCUCUUGUCAUUGUAAGUUCAACCCAGAUUGGGAACAUCACAACUCGCCCAUCUUCUGCAGAUAUUACAGACCUGACCCGUACUGAGUCACCAGCCCCCACAUCAUUUAUCCCAGAGCUACCAUUUGAACAUAUGGCUUUCCAUAAAAUCAUUGCAGGCAGUGUAGCCCUGUUUCUGUCAGUGUCAUUGAUCCUUCUGGUUAUUUAUGUCUCGUGGAGGCGCUACCCCAACACCAUGAGGCAGCUGCAGCAGCACUCAGUCAACCAUAAGCGAAGGAAAAAGGCCCGCAAGCAGGAGCAGGAUCUUAACUCUCAGUUGCAGGAGUACUAUCUGAGCUACCACUCAAACUCGGAGACAAUGGACUCCUUGGUGAAUGAGCCAAGGCCGUGCACAUGCACUAUAUCAGGAUCAAUAGAAUGUGAGGUCUGA